GCGGCGCAGCGCUGCACGUGUGCGAGCCCGGCGGCUGGUGGGAGACCAGUCCCUGUGAGUCUCCGCGCGGUGCAGCCUGUGCGGAUCCACGUUUGCCUUCUCUUUCUCCGAAUCACCGUUGCCUCACUCCCGCGUCCGGAGCCGAGCGCCCUCUUCGCCGCUCGGCCGCGCCCUCAGACUCCCGGUUCUCUUAAAUGUUUUCUUGGAAACAAAAAAGAUGGAGAUGACAAGUGUGUCCCUGAAACGUGGGUGCCUCGUUGUGGAAGAUAACGACAGUGUGACCCCACACGAGGAGACGAAGAAACAGAAGGUGUCCGAGGGCUGUGUGACCAACAGUCCGGACGGGGUGGAGAGUGACAGUCUUCACAGCAGUGAGACCAAGCCGGGGUCCCCAGAAGCGGAAAGCACCAUGAAAGAUGGCGAGAACUCCGGCGCUCAGGUGCAGGAGGAAGAGGAGGAGGAGGAGGAAGAGGACGGCCUUUCGGAGGCAGGGGAAGAGGAGGAGCCCGAGAGUUUUGCGGACAUGAUGAAGCAUGGGCUCACCGAACUUGAUGUGGGCAUCACCAAGUUCGUGAGUCCUCAUCAGGGCUUCUCGGGGAUCUUAAAAGAAAGAUACUCUGACUUCGUGGUUCAUGAAAUCGGGAAGGACGGACGGAUCAGCCAUUUGGAUGACUUAUCUGUUCCAGUGGACGAAGAGGACCCUCCAGAAGAUGCCCUCACUGUCUUGACAGCUGAGGACAGGCAGCAGUUGGAGGAGCUCCAGCUUUUCAAAAAUAAAGAAACCAGUGUCGCCAUCGAGGUCAUUGAGGACACCAAAGAGAAACGAACCAUCAUCCAUCAAGCCAUUAAAUCUCUCUUCCCAGGACUAGAGACAAAAACAGAGGAGAGAGAGGGGAAGAGAUACAUCGUAGCCUACCAUGCUGCUGGCAAGAAGGCUUUGGCAAAUCCAAGAAAACAUUCUUGGCCAAAAUCCCGGGGAAGUUACUGCCACUUUGUUCUCUACAAGGAAAACAAAGACACCAUGGACGCCAUCAAUGUGUUGUCCAAGUAUCUGCGGGUAAAACCAAACAUAUUCUCCUAUAUGGGAACCAAAGACAAAAGGGCUAUCACAGUCCAGGAGAUCGCUGUUCUCAAAAUAAGUGCACAAAGGCUUGCCCACCUGAAUAAGUGCCUGAUGAACUUUAAGCUAGGCAAUUUCAGCUAUCAGAAAACCCCUCUGAAGUUAGGAGAGCUUCAAGGAAACCACUUCACUGUCGUUCUCAGGAAUAUAACGGGAACGGAUGAACAAGUGCAGCAAGCCAUGCAUUCGCUGCAGCAGACCGGCUUCAUCAACUACUACGGCAUGCAAAGGUUUGGGACCACGGCUGUUCCUACGUACCAGGUCGGAAGAGCAAUUCUACAGAAUUCCUGGACAGAAGUCAUGGAUUUAAUACUGAAACCCCGCUCUGGAGCUGAAAAGGGUUACUUGGUGAAAUGCAGAGAAGAGUGGGCCAAGACCAAAGACCCAGCCUCUGCCCUCAAAAAGCUACCCGUCAAAAGGUGUGUGGAGGGGCAGCUGCUUCGAGGACUUUCAAAGUAUGGACUGAAGAAUAUAGUCUCUGCGUUUGGCAUAAUACCAAGAAACAACCGCUUAAUGUACAUCCACAGCUACCAGAGUUAUGUGUGGAAUAGCAUGGUGAGCAGGAGAAUUGAGCUGUAUGGGCUAAAGCCUGUGCCGGGGGACCUCGUGCUCAAAGGAGCCACGGCCACCUAUAUUGAGGAAGAUGACGUUAAUAACUACUCCAUUCACGAUGUGGUGAUGCCUUUGCCUGGCUUUGAUGUCAUCUACCCCAAACAUAAAAUUAGCGAGGCCUACAGGGAAAUGCUUGCCGCGGACAACCUUGAUAUUGACAACAUGAGACACACGAUUCGCGAUUACUCCUUAUCGGGGGCCUACCGAAAGAUCAUCAUCCGACCUCAGAGCGUCAGCUGGGAAGUUGUUGCAUACGAUGAUCCCAAAAUUCCACUUUUCAACACGGAUGUGGACAACCUCGAAGGGAAACCACCACCAGUCUUUGCUUCUGAAGGCAGAUACAGGGCUCUGAAGAUGGACUUCUCUCUUCCUCCCUCUACUUACGCCACCAUGGCCAUUCGAGAAGUGCUCAAAAUGGACACCAGCAUCAAGAACCAGACCCAGCUAAACACAAGCUGGCUGCGAUGAGCAGUGGGUCUGAGUAGUAGGUCGCUCAGAGAGCGGAUGGACGGAUAGACAGAUGCAGACCUGCUUCCGACCUGUUCUGUUCUUUUUAUGUGCUGACUCAUGUUUGGGAUAUGAAUCUUUUAUAGUAAAGAAUUAUUUGUAUUUUGUAAAGUUUGUAUCAGCUUAAAUACUUUGCAAUAUUUGUACACAUGUACAAAUCCUGAGGAUCCUAGUUAUAGCUCAGAAAAUAAAAAUUGGUCAGAAUAUCCCUUAGGUGCUUAAAUUCUAGGACAGUUUCAGCUUUGUGGCUUUAUAAGAAUAAAGGGGGA